GGAAAUGCUCCAGGACAUGGAAGGCAGAAUUACAGCCAAGCUAGAAGCUCCAAGAACCAAUUGAGAGGUGAUUUGUCCAGCUCCUAUCUGGCUCUCUACAGCAGCAGUGGGUAUUUCCCAGGAAGUCAUCUUUCCCACCAUGUCAGACUAUGAAAAUGAUGAAGAAUGCUGGAAUAUGCUUGAGGGCUUUCGGGUGAAGCUUAUCUCCAUCAUCGACCCUUCUAGGAUCACACCAUACCUCCGACAGUGUAAAGUCAUUAACCUAGAUGAUGAGGAACAGGUUCUCAGUGAUCCCAACUUGGUCAUUCGAAAAAGGAAAGUAGGUGUUCUCUUGGACAUUCUCCAAAGGACCGGCCACAAGGGAUAUGUAGCCUUUCUGGAAAGUUUGGAACUUUACUAUCCACAGCUAUAUAAGAAGAUUACUGGGAAGGAACCCACCAGGGUUUUCUCCAUGAUAAUAGAUGCUUCUGGGGAGUCGGGCCUGACACAGCUGCUCAUGAAUGAAGUCAUGAAGCUUCAGAAGAAGGUACAGGACCUGAACAUGAUGCUUAGUGCUAAGGAUGACUUCAUCAAGGAAAUGCGGGUGAAAGACAGCAUGUUGCGCAAGCACCAGGAGCGUGUGCAGAAGAUGAAGGACGAGUGUGAAGCCUUCAGCCAUGAGCUCAAGCGGUGCAAGGAUGAGAACUAUGACUUGGCCAUGCUCUACGCCAGGCAAAGUGAGGAGAAAAACAUGGCGCUUAUGAGGAAUCGUGACCUGCAGUUGGAGAUAGACCGAUUAAGGCACAACCUGAUGAAGGCUGAGGAUGACUGCAAUGUUGAAAGGAAGCACACGAUGAAGCUUAGGCAUGCCAUGGAACAGAGACCAAGUCAGGAGGUUGUGUGGGAGAUACAGCAGGAGAAGGAUCUUCUUCAGGCAAAGAUCCAAGAACUGGAGAGCUCCAUCAGGGAAGGAAGACGGGAUAAGAAUAAUGCUUACAUCCAAGUUCUGGAAGAAGACUGGAGGGAGGCCCUGAAGGAUCACCAGGAAAAGGAAAACACAAUUUUCCACCUGCGAAAGGAGCUUCGGCAAGCCGAGGCACUUCGGAACAAGAGUAUAGAAGAGAAGGAGAUGUUUGAGCUGCAGGGCAUGGCCCUGCGCAAGGAUUCUAAGAUGUACAAAGAGCGCAUUGAAGCUAUCUUGCAGCAGAUGGAAGAAGUAGCAAUAGAGAGGGACCAGGCCAUCAUGACGAGGGAGGAGUUCCACUUGCAGUAUUCAACUAGCCUGAAGGAAAAGGACGAGCUGCGGAAGCAGAUCCGGGAGCUGGGGGGAAAGUGUGAUGAGCUACAGCUCCAGCUGUUUAAGAAGGAAGGCGAGUUGCUGUUUAUGGAGAGCAAGCUGAAGCGGCUUCAGCUGGAGACCCCCAUCCUGAGUUCAGACUUAGAGGACAGCUCGCCCAGAAAUUCUCAGGAGUUAACUCUUCCCAGGAACCUGGAGGAGGAUACACAACUCUCCGACAAAAGUCAUCCAGCUAAGGAGAACCGUCUUGCCACCACGAAGGAGAAGCUUUUUCUGGCCCAAAAUGGAAAUAGAUUGAGCAAUGGAGAUCACCAAGAGAAGGAACGGCGCCGUAUCAAAGAAAGCUUUGAGAACUAUCGUAGGAAGUGGGCACACAGAAAGGUUCACCAUAGCACUCGGCAGGGAGAAGUCGACUGGGAAAACACCACAGGAAGUGACAACACAGAUACUGAGGGCUCCUAGCUCUAUAUUUGCCUGUUGUACCCACAGCCCUGAAUCCCCCCAGUCAGUUAUUUAACCUCUCUGAGAAGCCCUGUACUACCAGUAUCAUGGGGACAGAAUGGAGUGGGAAGGUAAAUUAUCAAAAACUUCAUCUAAGCCUCGAAACCAUUUCUGUUUGGCUUAGAUUCAGAAGGAAAGUCAUUUAUUUUGGACUAUUGAAUCUAAGGCCCUAAACCCAAGGAUUUCUGUUCUGAAUUAGGAUUGACUUUAGAUUGGUAUUAAAAUGGAUUUGUGACCUUAAUGAAGGAUGGAUAUGAAGAAUUCUGAGAAAAUAAAAAGCAGACUUAUAUAAGCUGUGUAGACUAAAGAAAAUUGAGGAAAAAAUAAUAACUAUAACCAGGUGUUUGAAGAAAAUAUUAAACAGAAACAAAACUCGGUCAAAUUCAGUAGAAAACAAUGGAAACAAAUUAUCAAAGUUAAAGGAUGUGACCAUCCUUCAUGUUAACAAAUAAAAAACUACAAAAAGUAGAAAGUAAUCUGUGCUGUCAUUAUACUCAAUCUUCGAGGCUGUUUUGCUCAGUUGUUUGGGGCUAAUGCAGGUGUCACUUCUGUUAUGAGUAAGAUUAGAUUAGCUAGUAAUUAGGUAUUGAUUAUAUAUUG